AUGUCCACAGCCACAGGGACUUCCACAUCGACCACCAACUCGGUGACGACUAGCAGCACAUCCACCUUGACUUCCACAUCGAUGACCUCCACGUCCAUCACCAGCUCCUUCACCACAAAGCUUCCCACAGGCACUUUGACUGCCAGCUCAUUUCGCUCCAGGGUGUCUGCAGUGACGACUGCGACGACAUCAUUCACAGAGGAGCUGUACUGCGAUAUGGUGGACUGCAGCAGGUCAGACAUGAGCGAGAUGUGUCCGCAUACCUGCAUGGCCACCACAACGGCUAUUGCGAGGUCGACGUGGCAUACGAUCACGGCUCCUGCCGCAGUCGCACUGCUUACCGGCAGUUUUUCCUUGGCCCUCUCGGAGCCCGCUGAUUUGGUCCGCGUUUUCGAGCAGGGCGACCCCACUGUCAGCGCAGCUCUUGCCUUCGGCAUCGCGGCCGUGCUGCCCACCGCGACACCCGACAUGGUCGACAUCAUCAGCGUCACCCUUGACGGGCGUCUCCUCUCCGUGGCCGAGGGGGCCGAGGCCGACGCCGGCUCCGCCGGCGUGCGGAUCUCUUUCGAGGCAGCCAUGCCGGUCGCCUGGUCACCUGCCGUGAGCUUCACAGCGCAGGAUUUCUUGCAGGCGUCGGAUGAGCUGGAGAGGGCGCUGGCGGUGGAGUUGGCAAGGGGGGCGCUUGAUUUCAGUGUCCUCGGCGUCAGCAACCUGGAGGCCACCUUGGAGUUCGUGGCCGACGCCCAGACCACGACCCUGUCUGCCGCGGCCAUCGACGGAGGGGGGGUCAAGCUCGUAUUGUCUGUGGUGCUCCUGUCGGUCGGCGUCACAGUCUGCUGCGUCGGCACUCUUGCUUGGAGGCGCUGGGGUAACUGCUUGCACAAGAGCGGCGAUCGCAGGCUCGGCACUAGCCUCCGCGACGCCGUCCCCGCGGUGGGCAGCGGCCCGGGCUGGGCGACGCCGAACUCCCUCGCGACGGAGUCCCUCGAAGACGGCGUCCACAUCGUGCCCCGGUCUCCCGCCCCCGGCGAGUCCAUCGCCAGCCUCCUCUACGGCAGGGUGGCCCGCCCGGGUGUGGAGGGCCAGUCGUGCCCGGUGCCCAUGGGCGCGCGCAGGUCUCCUGCCCCACCGGGCGCGCCGGGGCUGGAAGCCAGCGCGUGGCGGCGAUCGAGGACUUGGCCGAGCACGUCUAUGCCCUGGAGGGGGCGGAGACCGACUGCCGAAACCAGGAGCCCCUGA